CUCUAUUCAGCCUCACCAAUCCUCGAAUUUGGAACCAACAGAAUGAAAGUAGAAAAAGCCAUGGAUGAUAGCUUUGCAAGUAAUAAGUCUAUCUUAGCUAGAGUGUGCCGUCGACUUUUACUGUAUCAAUCGGCAAUUAGUUCAACGUCCUUAUAAGCUUCUAAGUACCGAUUCUAAAUUAAAAAUAUAAUUAUUUGCAUAGGCUAGACAUAGCUUCUAAGCGUGUAUAUCCACAAUAUUAUACUCGCAUUAGGCAUAUAACGCCUUGCAUGAUGUCAAUCCGCAGCCCCGCUAGGUACUACAUACAUAGCCUUGUCUGCUUGUCUGUCCCAUCUCUGUGGGGAGACCCAUAAUACUGAAGCAAGCAAAUAUAUAAUUACCACUCUUAUUAUUUCAACCCAUGGCUGGGAAAAAAGGAGGCGACGGUAGCAAGAAGGCCGCCGGCCAAGCCCGAAAAGCUGAGACCGCUGCUAACAAGGCUGCCGCAGAGAACGCGAAGAAGGCCGCGGAAGAGGCCGCCGAUUGGGACAGGGGUGCUAAAAAUAAUUCCAAGAAAGAGGCGCAGGAAGCAAAGAAGGCAGAGCAAGCCCGGAAAAAGGCCGAAAAGGAAGCUCUUGCUGCCGAAGAGGAAAAGAGUCUACCAACUCGCCCUGGACCUAAGAAUUCCAAGACGGCCGUUAAGAAAACAAAUCAAGGUCUCAACCUGUCUCAGCUUGAUUCUCAGCUUGAUGAUGAUAAAAAGCUUCCGGCGAUGGAGGGGUCGGGAAUGGAUAUCGCCCUAGAAAUCCUAGAUGCGGUUGUGCCGGGUGGACAUAGAAUGAACGUUGAGAGGCACGCCGAUAGAAGGGUUAAGGCUGCAUAUGCAGCGUUCCGGGAAAGACGACAGAGAGAGAUGAAGGAAGACGGAACUGGCAAAGGGUUGAAUAUGUAUACAAGGGAUGAAAUGAUCAAGAAGGAAUGGAAAACUAGCCCGGAAAAUCCAAUCCAUGACCCCCGGAAUGUUAAGUACAACGCGAAGAAGGACGAGAUCAAGGCAACGAAGCAAGAGGAAAUGGACCGAAUCGAAGCUCUAUACGGCGAGGACUCUAAGUAGGGAUUAGGGACCUUAUGGGUUGAAAGGAUAUUGGCCAUCUCAUCUUUCUGAAGAGUUUUUUGUCCCUCGGGGUAUGGCUUGGGGCAAACUCGUCCAAACCGGAGAACAAAGCCACAUGCAAGUAGGUUGGCAUAUACAUGGAUUGUGUACUUCAUAAUAGACGUGUACUUAUUAUGUAUGGUUUAUGGUUGACUUUGCAGGAUUGACUAUGUCAACGAAAUUUACAGGAUAUUCAUAUUCUAGCGUCUUCACCUCGCUAAUUGAAACAUUGACCUCUCCACUGGCGGAUAGUGCGUUAGCAUGCAUAAGUCUAGUGAAUACACCGAUUCGUAAAACCCACUCCAAUCCAAAACAUCUCGUGAUGAUCACCUAAGCAGUUAUUACAGCUUAAGGACUAUGUAUAUAUACGCUGUGAG